CUAAAACAUAAUACAGUGAAACCAAACCAACCACCCACAGAUAACAGUACAUACAAGCAAGCGUCGUCAGGCAGGCCGGGUCAAUAUCAAUAGGGCAGGUAGGUACAGGGGGAGCAAGCGGAGAUUGGUCGGGGUCACAGGCCAGGUUCAGCAGAUAGCAAGCAGCGUAGUACAGAGGGUCAGGCAGAGGGAUGGUCAGGGUCACAAGCCAGGGAUCAGAACAGGUAGCAAGCAGCGUGGUACAGAGGGUCAGGCAGAGGGAUGGAGAAGUCAGCAGCGGUUCAGAAACAGGAUGCAGGACAGAUACAGGGCCCAGGCCAAGGCAGAGUCUGUGGGUCUGGCCA